AUGAAAGCAUUAGCAACUCUCCUCGCUGCUGGUUCAGCGCUCAACGGGGCUACUGCCCAUUACUUCUUCCCCAAUCUCAUCGUCGACGGUGUGACGACCGAGUACUUCGAAUACGUCCGCGAAGAUACCCAGGGCUACAUGCCCUACAAGAACGGCUACCAAAGCACAGACUUCCGGUGCAACGUUGGCUCGGAGGACUUUGCUCUCCAGACAAAGACCUGCACCGUCAAGGCGGGUGCCACCGUUGGCUUCGCAACCGAUUUCGGCGCUCAAAUCCAACACCCCGGUCCGUUGCAGGCGAAUGGUUCAAAAAUCUACGAAAUCGGGCCCUCGGCGUUCACCAGCGACGGGAUCGAAUGGGGGGUCACUGGUUUGGAUCAAAUUACCUUUGGAAUCCCGGACGCGACACCGGCUGGACAAUACCUGCUGCGGAUCGAGCACAUCGGCCUUCACGGGGCGUCUGUGUACGGAGGCGCCGAGUUCUACUUCAACUGCGCCCAACUUGAAAUCCUCGGUGAUGGUACGGCGACUCCAGGGCCUACCGUCCUGUUCGCUGGAGCCUACACCGGAUACGAGCCUGGCAUCCUGUUCGACAUGUACAGCAAGCGAUUUGUGAAUUAUACCAUGCCUGGGCCGGCGGUUUGGCCGGCUGGGAUCUCGAGCAAUAUUUCUGCUGACGGCGCCAUCCAUGUGCCUGAUGAUGAUUCCUCUUGGUCUUUCGCGGCGGUUACUAGCAUUACGGGCUUUGCAUCCUCCACCUCUGCACGCAUUUAUCCGUCAUCGGUUCCUCUGUCUGUCACCCCUACGUCUUCCAACAUCCGUUCAACAGGCAUACCUGAGCCGACUGAAUCCGUCAAUCCGGAACAAAAGUCCUCCCAUGCCCACCUCCAUGGCAAACAUGGCCACAAGUCCCACUGCCGCGCCCGAUAA